AUGCAGCUGCGGGCUGUUCUGUUUCUUACUGGGACAUUCCUGGCCUCAGUCGCCCAAGGUUUCGACAUCUCUCCAUUGGAACUGAAAUUCCCGCUUCUCCAUCACCUGCGACUGCUGGAUGAUGAAAGGAGUGCAUCACUACACCUGACGUCUUCAAAGACAUUUAUAGAACACAAUUUCUCGGUGCCUAUUGACCAUUUUCACAAUGAAUCUCGAUAUGAACCUCAUACUCACGACCAUUUCAACAUCCGCUACUGGUUCGAUGCCAGUCACUACAAAAAAGGGGGACCAGUGUUUCUCAUUGCAGCCGGAGAGACGGACGGUACAGAUCGCUUCCCGUUCCUGUCUCAGGGGAUUGUGACCCAGUUAGCCAAGACCUAUAACGGUUCUGGAGUUAUCCUGGAACACCGCUAUUAUGGUCAGAGCUACCCGUUUGCCAAUCUCACCACGAAGAAUAUCCGGUUCUUGUCGACUGAGCAAGCAUUGGCGGAUUACGCUUACUUCGCUUCCAACAUUGUAUUCCCCGGACUGGAGCACCUGAAUCUGACUGCCGGGGCCGUGCCGUGGAUUGGAUAUGGAGGCUCCUAUGCCGGAGCUUUUGUGGCUUUUCUUCGCAAGGUCUACCCGGAGGUCUUCGUCGGGGUUGUUUCGUCGUCAGGAGCCACCGAGGCCAUUGAGGAUUAUUGGCAAUAUUAUGAGCCCAUUCGCCAAUUUGCACCAUCCGACUGCGUGUGGAAUAUCGGGACUUUCAUGGAUAUUGUGGAUACAGUACUGAUUGAGCAUGCCCAGAACGAGACAUUAAAAUCGCAUCUCAAGGCUGUUUUUGGCGCAAGUCCCUCAACUAGCGAUGAGUUUUUCGUGUCGGCUCUCUCGAAUAUCCUUGGAGCCUUUCAAGGCCGGAACUGGGAUCCUGCGGUCGGCGAUGGCACUUUUCAGAGAUAUUGCAAGAAUCUCACGAGUCCGGCAUUGCUCUAUCAGCAGAAUAAUACCAUAAAGACGUGGACGGAGGAGCUCAUCUCGGCCACAGAGUAUGAUGCAGCCAACUCUAGCUUGGUGACUGGGAUGCUCAAUUACGCUGGUUACGCGAACGCUACGAUUUUCUCCCGUGUUGACCAGGCCCUCCGUACCUCCAAUCCCAAGUCGCGACAGUCCCUCGAAAAAUCAUCAGGGGUUAGCUGGGGUUAUCAGGUCUGCACCGAAUGGGGAUACUUUAUGCCAGGCUCAAGCGUCCCAAAAGAUCGACUGCCUCUUAUCUCCCGUUUGAUCACGCUUGCCGGGGUAUCUCAAUUCUGCAAGGACGACUACAACAUCACCACGCCCCCUGAUACCGAUCGCAUUGACAAACACGGAGGGUUCAACUUCUCCUAUCCCCGGGCGGCCAUUAUCGAUGGACUGGCCGAUCCGUGGCGUGACGCGACGCCGCAUGCGGACGGUGCUCCGCCAAGAAAUUCAACGGACGAGGAGCCGUUUAUCCUUGUAGACGUACCGGCUGAGGAUGUCUGGGAUGGGAUUCGCGGUGCGGUACACCACUGGGAUCAGAACGGCUUGUCCAAAGAAGACGAGCAGCAAGGGAAAACCGCACCAAAGGCCAUAGUCGACCUUCACCAAGAAAUUGUACGGUUUGUGGGGGUGUGGCUGGAGCAGUGGAGAAAACACGAGGAUAUCUCGGACCCUUCGGCGAACAUGGCAGUUGGAGGACAGGCGGUACUAGACGGGAAUUGA